UCGAGCGAGCUACACAAAGAGUGCAGCUGUGGGAGAGAGAGACAAAGAGGGGGAGGCCGACUCUCUCUUUCUUUCUUGGUGUGGGGGAGGAGAGGAGGAGGAGGAUUAACCGGCUGAUCUGUGACACACACAUUUCACACCAGCACAUACACAAUAACACGGAGACGGAGAGAGGCUUCAUCUGGAUCAGCAGCAUCAUCAGCAGCAGCGAGGGUGAGAGACAAAGAGGUAGGGAGAGAGACAGGGAGGCGGAGGGGAUCUUCAUCGUCUGUCAGAGACCGGCCUUCAGCAGCCCAACGCCGUCCUCAGUGAUGGCCGACCACAUGUUCCUGCUGCGGUGUGUCUAGGCGUGUGCUGCUGUGGUGGGUGUGUUUGCUGCGUGUGUCGCUCUUGGGUUGGCGUGUUUGGUGUGUGUGUGUGAAGGAUGGGGAACACAGAGAGCAUGGAGAGCCAGCUGGCUGUGAUCCGGUCCAGAGCCGCCCCGGUUCGGCUCCCAAUGCCGGACCCUACUGAGCUGGAGGAGAGGUUUUCCAUCGCCUUGAAUUCAAUGAACCUCCCACCUGAUAAGGUGCGCCUGCUGCGUUCUUAUGACAACGAGAAGAAGUGGGAGCUGAUCUGCGACCAGGAGAGGUUUCAGGUGAAGAACCCUCCACACACCUACAUCCAGAAACUGAGAGGCUUCCUCGACCCGGCCGUCACACGCAAGAAAUUCAGACGCAGGGUUCAGGAGUCAACACAGACGCUCAGAGAACUUGAGAUUUCUCUUCGUACAAACCACAUUGGAUGGGUCAGAGAGUUUCUGAAUGAGGAGAACCGAGGUCUGGACGUUCUGGUCGAAUAUUUGUCCUUUGCUCAAUAUGCUGUCACGUUUGAUGGGGAGCAGUCAGAGGCCGGAAGUGAGGUGACUUCCAUUGACUCUCCCUGGAGUCGGUCCAUAGAGGAUCUCCAUGGCGACUGCAGCCUCCCCUCCCCAUCCUCAUCUGCACCACGUGCAGCUCGUCAUUCCAUCAGCUCAACUCUGGUGACACGUUCCAACACUCUACCGAGCCGCCGAACCCUGAAGAACUCAAGACUCGUUUGUAAGAAGGAUGACGUUCAUGUCUGCAUUAUGUGUCUGAGAGCCAUCAUGAACUACCAGUAUGGCUUCAACAUGGUCAUGUCUCAUCCUCACGCUGUCAACGAAAUCGCUCUAAGCCUCAACAACAGAAACCCCAGGACGAAGGCUCUGGUAUUGGAAUUGUUGGCGGCGGUGUGUUUGGUCAGAGGAGGACACGAGAUCAUCCUGUCGGCCUUCGACAACUUUAAAACUGUCUGCUCUGAGUCUCUGCGUUUUGAAAAGUUAAUGGAACACUUUAAGAAUGAAGAUGACAACAUCGACUUCUUGGUGGCCUGCAUGCAGUUCAUCAACAUCGUGGUUCACUCAGUGGAGGACAUGAACUUCAGAGUCCAUUUGCAGUAUGACUUCACCAAACUCAACCUGGACGAACACCUGGAGAGCCUGAAGCACACGGAGAGCGACAGGCUGCAGGUCCAGAUCCAGGCCUACCUGGACAACGUCUUUGAUGUGGGGACACUGCUGGAGGACGCAGAGACCAAGACGGCUGCUCUGGAGAGAGUGGAGGAACUGGAGGAGAAUCUGUCCACGAUGUCAGAACGUCUUCUGGAUGUGGAGAACGAAGCCAUGCUGAAGAUCGUUGAACUGGAGAAACAGCUGAUGCAGACCAACAAGGAGCUGGACCAGCUCCGGGAGGUGUACGCCAGCGCCAACUCCCAGGUGCACACCUUACGGCGGAUAGUCCGGGAGAAGGACCAGACCAUCCGGCGGCAGAGUCGUUUGGAGCGACAGGCUCAAGAGGCCCAGCAAGCUGGAGGACCUGGGGCUCCUCAACCCCAGAGAGGAGAGGGGGACGGAGGCGUGGCUGACUGUGCCUCCCCCUCACCUCCACCCUGUCCUAACCUGUCCCCUAGCCCUGAGACCGUAGCCUAUCACAGCAUGGGACCAGGGAUGGGCGGGGCUCCGGGCACGCCGGCGCCACCUCCUCCUCCUCCUCCUCCACCGAUGCCAGGCUCAGUGUCCAACGGGCCAUAUCCUGCACCUCCUCCUCCUGCUCCUCCUCCUCCCCCCCCUCCUCCCCCUCCUCCACCCUGUCGGACCAGCGAGCUCUCCUCUGUACCCAUGCCUCCCCCUCCUCCCCCCAUGGCCCCCCCACUCCCAGGGUCGGGGGGGUCGCCAACAGUCAUCUUUAACUCCGGACUCGCAGAGGGCCCUCUCAAGUUAUUCUCUGUGAAAAUAAAGAAACCGAUUCAGACCAAGUUCCGAAUGCCGGUAUUGAACUGGGUUGCUCUGAAGCCGAGUCAGAUCAAUGGAACCGUCUUCAACGACAUUGAUGAUGAGUCCAUCCUGCAGGACCUGGACGUGGAGGGGUUUGAAGAACUGUUUAAGACGAAGGCCCAGGGUCCAGCGGUGGAUUUGACCCUGUCCAGACAGAAGCUUCCUCAGAAAGUUCCUUCCAAAGUCUCUCUGCUGGAGGCUAACAGAGCCAAAAAUCUGGCCAUCACCCUGAGGAAGGCCGGCCAGGGGUCAGAGGUCAUCUGCCGAGCCAUUCAGACGUUUGACCUUCGGACAGUUCGUGUGGACUUUGUGGAGUGUCUGAUGCGGUUCCUGCCGACAGAGGCGGAAGUUAAGCUGCUACGGCAAUAUGAGAGGGACAGAAAACCUCUAGAGGCUCUGAGUGAUGAAGACCGAUUCAUGAUGCAGUUCAGUCGCAUCGAGAGACUAAGUCAACGCAUGACCAUCAUGGCUUUCAUGGGCAACUUCACAGACAAUGUCCAGAUGUUAACGCCGCAACUUCAUGCCAUCAUUGCAGCUUCAGUGUCAAUAAAAUCUUCUCAGAAGCUCAAGAAAAUUCUGGAGAUCAUCUUGGCUCUGGGGAACUACAUGAACAGCAGUAAGAGAGGAGCUGUGUACGGAUUCAAACUGCAGAGCUUAGACCUGCUCCUGGAGACGAAGUCCACGGACAGGACGCAGACGUUGCUUCAUUACAUCGGGAACGUGGUGCGAGCAAAAUACCCUGCAGUGUCUCUGUUUUACAACGAGCUUCACUAUGUUGACAAGGCCGCUGCAGUAAGUCUGGAGAACGUGCUGUGUGAUGUGAAGGAGCUGCAGCGUGGUAUGGAGCUCACCUGGAGAGAGUUCAGUGUAUCGCACAACGCCACGCUCAAAGACUUCAUCAGCAGGAACGAGUCCCGACUCACCAAGCUGCAGGAGGAUGCUCGCAUUGCUCAGGAUGCCUUUGAAGACGCAGUAAAGUUUUUUGGAGAGAGCUCGAAGACGAUGCCCCCGUCCGUCUUCUUCCCCAUCUUUGUCCGUUUCAUCAAAGCCUAUCGGCUGGCAGAGGAGGAGAACGAGCAGAGGAGGCGUCAGGAGCAGAUGCUGCUGGAGAAGCUGGAGCAGGAGGAGCAGCAUGAGGAGGAGGAGACCAAGUCUCCGUCCCACAAAGGGAAGCGGCAGCAGCAGGAACUGAUCACAGAGCUCAGACGGCGACAGGGAAAAGACAGCCGCCAUGUUUAUGAGGGGAAGGAUGGCGCCAUAGAGGACAUCAUCACAGCUCUGAAGACUGUCCCAUUCACCGCUCGAUCGGCCAAACGCAGUUCCCGCUUCUUCUGUGACCCCGCCCACUCUGAGGAGCACUAUUGAGACAUUCCGACUGGCCACGCCCACUUUAUACCAUUCGGGACCAAUUAGCACUUUGAACAUUUCUGAUCAAUGUGAACUGAUGACAUCAUGUUUUGUAUGUUAUGUUAUCGGUCCAUUUGCACAGACCAGGUGUCCGGACAUCACCUGACCUCAGCUCAAACGUGGAUGUCAACAUUCAGAAAACUGGCCGUUCAAAGUAUGUGAGAAGACUGAACCCUGGUGAGCUCGACAAAGAACAACCUCACUGACCUGCAGCUCACACAUCUAAAUCAGACAGGAAGCCGGUCCGGUAUCAGAGUUCACUUUUCACCACAUAUCUUUAAUCAUAUCACAUGAUCUUCUUCAGCAGGGUGUCAGCAGGUCCAGAUGUAGAGUUAGUUUCUCAGAGCACCUCUGGGAUGUUUACAUUCAAACAUUUGAACACUGAGGACUCAGUCCACCUGUCCUCUGAGGAAGAUCAUGUGUCUAAGAUCAAAAGCAUAAAGUUCCUGGAACUCCUCGACUUUCCUCAGAGAUCAGGCAGCUCUGAAGGGAAGCUGUGCACGACGACAGAAAAACGGUGCUAAAACCAGAAACCUGAUGUGGGCCUGACAGCCCAUGUCGUGCCUCGUUUAUAAAACCAAGCAGUGGUGGUCCUGUGGAGCAGGUUCCUCCUGAGAUGGGUUUUAGUUCUUCAUGUUGGACCAGAACACAGAGACGUAUCCACCUUUUUAAACCACACGAGGGCUAGUUCUGGCCAAAUGUAGACACUUGUCGGUCCACAGUUCUCGUCUCCAUCCUAAUCAACAGUCCUGGUACUGGGUCAGCAGUUCUGUGGUUGUGUAGUUGUUCUGGGUUCCUUCGGUCUGUGGAUCUUCAACAGGGUUCUAUACUCCUUCCACUGCAAUGUAUUCUACUAUGUUCUAAUGUAUUUACUGGACUUACAGAGCCAGAAUCCACUAAGUCCAGCAGCUCUGUUUUCACUCACAUAAAAAUCUGUCGUGGCAUCAUCAGAACUGUUCUCCUUCAGAACCAAAAAACCA